GCAGUGAGGUUUAAAUGUGUGUAGGGUGAAUGAAGGAUCUCAUCAGUGAUGGGCUGUGCAGGGUGGAAACUCUUCUGGCUUUUCUGCUUGCUGUCCACUUUUCUCCAAUAUGGUGCCGUUCGGGUGACAGUAAGGGAAUCUACAGUAGAAGUGGUGCGGGGAGAUUCUGCCACACUGCCCUGUUCUUUCUUCACUUUGAUGCCUUUAUUUCGCCUCAGCAUCAUCUGGACUCUGACUCCCAUCUCUGAUCCUGACUCCCCUAUACAGGUGAUUGUCUAUGAUCACGGGCAGGUAAUCGAGAGCCCCUCCUUCAUUGGCAGGGUGGGGUUUGUGGGCAUGCCCUGGAACGCUGACAUCAUCCUAAAUGAGACGCGGACCUCUGACGCCGGCGUCUAUCGCUGUGUGGUUAACAAUCCACCUGAGACAGGAGACCAUGGCAUUGGGGAACUCAGCCUCACAGUGUUGGCGCCUCCAUCUCUACCUGUGUGUCUGUGGGAAGGGGACACUGAUGCUGCUGGCAAUGUGAGACUCUCCUGUGUGGUGGUGGAGGGCUUCCCUACUCCACAGAUGAUUUGGGAAAAGCUGGAACCGGAACAGAUCACCCUGCCAGUAAACAUGGAUGGGGGUGUGACAGGCUCUGUGCAGAUUGCCAAUGUGUCUGCGCAGACCUCCGGUCUGUACCGCUGCUCUGUGUCCAACCCACUGGGAACCCAGCACUGUUACGUUAACCUGUCUGUGUACAGUCCAGCAGAUCAUUCUCCAGGGAUCCUGCAGGGGGUGAUGUUGAGUUUGACUAUGGCUCUGCUCCUGCUGGCCCUGAUGGUGCUGGCGCUGUGGCUCCACCGUUCGGCACAGGAAAGCAAAUGGAGGAACAGCAAUGAAGAUGAGUGUUAUAAUGAGAUAAAGUACACGCCCUCUUUUAUUAAACGCUCUUUUGUAUAAAAAUUAGAGAGCAUGAAAUGACCAGCUGUGAAAAAUUGUGACGGGUAUUACAUUUACUGAUCAAUCCUUUUGGCGUUUAUAAUUUGAAUUCGAUUCAAUUGUGGAAGUCAACCUUUGAGAUGUCUUGUUCAUCCUGCAGUCAGGAAUAAGUUAACCCAAUGACAAUUUGUAAAAUCUGUCUAUGCACAUAUGAAUGAACGGUAUAGGUGAUUUUGGAACCAACAUAUUGUUUGUAUCAUUUGUUAUGAAUACAAAAAAAUCACUUUGUAUUGCACUAUGUGUGAUGGCAAUAUUUCUAUUUCUA